UAUUUCUCAAUAUCUACAAUUCAGUCGGUCCAUUUAUUAUUAGCGUUACACCGGGUAAGAAUGGAGUUAACCACUUAACUAAAUACAAUAAUAAACAAUUACAAGUGAAUUUACAAUAUAAAUAAAUUAAAUAAUUUUAAUUAAAAAGUACUUACUAAAACUAAAGAAUCAGCUGUCAAAUAAAAAUUAAAAUGACGGACUUUCUGGAAUAUCCUGACAUCACUGCAGAGGUUAAGGGCGCAAUGACACCCGGUCGCUUGAAACUGACAGACCAGCACAUAAUUUUUAAAAACCAAAGAACUGGAAAAGUUGAACAAAUUUCCGCAAAUGACCUGGAGAUGGUAAACUUCCAGAAGUUUGUCGGAACAUGGGGUCUUCGUUUGUUUUUAAAAAACGGUCUCCUCCAUAGAUUUCGCGGGUUCAAAGAAAGCGAGCAAGAAAAAGUCGCUAAAUUUUUCACCGCUAAUUACAAAAAGGACAUGUUGGAAAAAGAGUUGAGUUUGAAAGGAUGGAACUGGGGGACUGCUAAAUUCAACGGGUCAGUGUUGAGUUUCGACGUCGGUCAUCAUACGGCUUUUGAAAUUCCACUUAGUGACGUAUCGCAAUGCAACACUGGAAAAAACGAAGUAACCCUUGAAUUCCACCAGAAUGAUGACGCGCCAGUGAGUCUUCUGGAAAUGAGAUUCCAUAUUCCUGUAAGUGACAGCGCUGACCAGGAUCCAGUUGAUGCGUUUCAUCAACAAGUCAUGGAGAAAGCUUCAGUUAUCAGCGUCAGUGGCGACGCGAUUGCGAUAUUCCGGGAAAUUCAAUGUCUUACACCACGUGGUCGCUAUGACAUCAAAAUAUUCCAGUCGUUCUUUCAAUUGCACGGUAAAACUUUCGACUACAAAAUUCCAAUGUCUACAGUACUUAGAUUAUUUUUACUCCCGCACAAAGACAGCAGGCAAAUGUUCUUUGUCGUCAGUUUGGAUCCACCAAUAAAACAGGGACAGACGCGUUAUCAUUAUCUCGUUUUAUUGUUCAAUCAGGAGGAAGAAACUUCUAUCGAAUUGCCGUUCACUGAAAAAGAAUUGAAAGAAAAAUAUGAAGACAAAUUGUCUAAAGAAUUGUCAGGACCAACUUAUGAAGUCUUGGGUAAAGUUAUGAAAGUUAUAAUAAAUCGUAAGUUAACUGGACCCGGGGGAUUUUUGGGACACUCUGGUACACCAGCUAUUGGAUGCUCAUUCAAAGCUGCUGCUGGUUAUCUGUACCCACUGGAACGUGGGUUCAUUUACGUUCACAAGCCACCAAUUCACAUACGAUUUGAAGAAAUAGCAUCAGUUAAUUUCGCACGUGGUGGCGGGUCCACACGUUCAUUUGAUUUUGAAAUAGAAUUGACCAGUGGAGUCGUCCAUACAUUCAGCAGCAUCGAAAAAGAAGAGUACAAUAAAUUAUUUGAUUUCAUAUCAUCUAAGAAAUUGCGGGUUAAGAACCGCGGUAAGGGAGACAAGAUGAAUUACGAUAAUGACUUCGGUGGCAGUGAUCAAGAAGACGAACCGGAUGCUUAUCUUGCGCGAGUCAAAGCCGAAGCUAAAGAACGGGAUGAUGAUAAUCAAGACGACUCGGAAGACGAGUCGACUGAUGAAGAUUUCAAUCCGGCGCAAGAAGAGAGUGAUGUCGCUGAAGAGUAUGACAGUAAUCCUGGUACCUCUGACAGUGAUGAUGAUUCAGAUGCUGGUGGCUCUGAUGCCAGUGGGAAGAAAGAGAAGAAGAGUAAAGAUAAGGAGAAGAAAAAAUCAAAAUCUGCUAAGACUGUGUCGGAAAAACCACGCAAGUCUCGUAAAAAUAAAAAAGAAAAGGACAGCAAUAAACCGAAACGUCCAGCGUCGGCGUUCAUGAUUUGGUUGAAUGCUACAAGAGAUCAAAUUAAAAAAGAGAACCCGGGAAUUAGUAUCACUGAAGUGUCGAAAAAGGGAGGGGAAAUGUGGAAGGAACUCAAAGAUAAAUCGGAGUGGGAGCAAAAGGCGGCUAAGCUAAAGAAAGAAUAUCUGGAAAAAAUGAAAGAUUACGAUGCUACUAAAGACAAAACGGUUCCUGAUAAAAGCGAAAAGAAGAAAGAGUCAAAGAAAGAGAGCAGUAAAAAAGACAGCUCUCCUACAAAAAUGUCUGGUUCAUUUAAAAGCAAAGAGUAUAUUAGCGAUGAUGAGAGCAGCGAUGACAGUUCGAAAAAUAAGAAAAAAUCUAAGAGCGAUGAUGAGGAUGAGGAUGAGGAUGAUGUUGAUGCAGAUGCCAGCGAAGACGAGAAGCCUAAGAAGGGAGAGAAACGUUCCGCUGCUGACGAUAAGAAGAAAACUAAAAAAGGUAAAAAGGAAAGCCCGCCAGCAUCUAGCGAUGAAGACUUCGAAGAACCUGAGAGUGAUGCAUCAAAAAGCGAUUGAAUAA